AUGGCAAUGUGCGAUGUAUUGCGGAUGUUGUUGCUGCUUUUAGCCUGGCUAACGCUAUUACAGGUGGAUGCUGCCCCUGGCGACGAUGAGGCACUGCAGCAAAUACCCAAAUUAAACCACGCUCAAGUGGCGCUAAUCGCUGGCAAUGCCACAGCACGUUGCAAGCUCAUCCCAGAGCUCUGCUCUUAUCAAUUACACCUGUUCGAGGGGCACGCAUUCAGCGUGCAACUGUCACAAAAUGACAACAACAACAAUUUGGCAACUACAACAACUACAACAAAUACGCCUCCAGUUGAUUCUGAGUCCAUUCCCAUGAUCUUUGCCGUGCCCGGUCACAAAUUGUGGAUCUAUGCGCAGGUGGAGCGAAGGACAAAGUUGGCCAAGACACGAAAUACGGCGAAAGCUGUUGGCCAACUUCAAGAUGCUUAUGUAAACACAGAUAGACAAGUUCAAAAGAUCCGCUUUGCUGCUUAAAUUCAAUAAAUGAAAACAACAAAUAGAUAAAAACAACAAUAAAAACCAGUAAGAACACGACAGUCAAGUUGCUCGACUGUUGGA